UGGUAUCAUCAAGGCUUGCAGGAGGCAGGCUGUGGGAAUGAGGGAGUUAACGGCGGUUGCUUUCUCCUUUCUGGAAGGAAAACUCCCCACAAACGCCCUGGUCCCUGGCCUCCCGCCAGGGCCAAGAACAGGGACUGAAAACUGGAAGUUCAGGCGUGUGGCCAGCUCUGCCUCUCAUAGCAAGCGUUAGAGUCGGGCAGCAGCCCUGCCAUCGCCAGCUGUCCGUCCAUACACCCACCUGUCCUCUGGCUGCCUCUGUUCGUUGGUAAACCUGUCUGUCCACCAUCUGUAAUCCCGUCUCUGUCCAACCUUCUCUUACUAUCUUUUGUUCAGCUAUCUGGACUGUCAAUCCAUUUGUUUGUCUGUCUCUGGCCUCCAUCUAUUUGUUCAUCUGUCCAAUCACCUGUGAGUCUAUCUGCCCAUCUUGUUCAUUCAUCCACCCAUCUGUCUGUCUACCUGCCUUCUCUCUCCACCCUGGACCUCAGAGCCAUGGCCCAGGGACGCAGGGCCAUGGUCAGCAUGGUCCUUCUGGGAUUGGGGCUGGCCCUAGCCAUCAUCGUGCCCGCCGUGGUCCUCUCUCGCCACCAUGCCCACUGCGGCUCCCAGGCCUUUGCCCACGCUGCGGUCGCCGCUGACUCCAAGGUCUGCUCGGAGAUUGGACGAACCAUCCUCCAGCAACAUGGCUCACCUGUGGAUGCCGCCAUUGCAGCUCUGGUCUGCACCGGAGUCGUCAACCCUCAGAGCAUGGGGUUGGGCGGAGGGGUCAUCUUCACCAUCUACAACGCCACCACAGGGAAGGUGGAAGUCAUCAAUGCCAGGGAGACGGUGCCUGCCAGCUAUGUCCCCCGUCUGCUGGACCAGUGUGAGCAGGCCCAGCCACUGGGCACAGGGGCCCAGUGGAUUGGAGUGCCCGGGGAACUCCGUGGCUAUGCUGAGGCCCACCGUCGCCACGGCCACCUGCCGUGGGCACAGCUGUUCUGGCCCACCAUCUCCCUGCUCCGAGGGGACUACCGCAUGCCCUUUAUCCUCAGUCAGUUCCUGCAGAGUGACUUCCUACGGCCUUCCCUGUACAUGACUUCUCUGAGGCAGCUCUUUUUCAAUGGGACAGAACCUCUGAAGGCUCAGGACCCAUUCCCAUGGCCCGCGUUGGCUGCCACCCUGGAAACCGUGGCCACAGAAGGUGCAGAGGUCUUCUACACAGGGACGCUGGGCCGGACGCUGCUGGAGGACAUUGCCAAUCAAGGUAGCCAGCUGACCCUGCAGGACCUGGCAGAGUUCCAGCCGGAGGUAGUGGAUGCCCUGGCAAUGCCCUUGGAGGACUACACCCUAUACUCACCGCCACCACCCGCAGGGGGUGCGAUUCUUAGCUUCAUCCUCAACGUGCUCAAAGGGUUCAACUUCUCCUCUGAGUCGGUGGCCAGGCCCGAGAGGAGCGUGAACUUGUACCAUCACCUUGUGGAGACGCUCAAGUUUGCCGGGGGACAGAGGUGGCGACUGUGGGACCCUCGUAGCCACCCGGAUAUCCAGAACGCCUCCCAGGACCUGCUGGGAGAGGCUUUGGCCCAGCACAUCCAGCAGCAGAUCGACGCUCGGGGUGACCACCAUCUCAGCCACUACAGCCUGGCCGGCGCCUGGGGCCACGGGAUGGGCACAGCGCACGUUUCUGUGCUGGGGGAGGAUGGCAGUGCUGUGUCAGCCACGAGCACAAUCAACACGCCCUUUGGAGCAAUGCUGUACUCGCCACGCACGGGCAUCCUUCUCAACAAUGAGCUUCUGGACCUAUGCUGGAGGCGCUCACCGGACUCCAGAGUCACCCCACUACCUGUUCCAGGCGAGCGACCUCCAUCAUCCAUGGUCCCCUCCAUCUUGAUCAAUGCAGCUCAGGGGUCAAAGCUGGUGAUCGGUGGGGCUGGUGGGGAGCUCAUCAUCCCUGCUGUGGCUCAAGCCAUCAUAAACAAGCUAUGGCUUGGCUUUGACCUGAGGACUGCUAUUGAAGCCCCUAUCCUACAUGUCAACAGUGAGGGCCAUGUGGAAUAUGAGCCCAACUUCAGCCGGGAGGUGCAGAAGGGGCUCCAGGACAGGGGCCACAACCAGACCAUGAGGCCCUUUUUCCUGAACGUGGUCCAGGCCGUGUCCCAGGACGGGGCCUGUGUGUAUGCCGCAACGGACCCAAGGAAAGGUGGGGAGGCCUCGGGCUACUGAGGAGACUGCUUCUGGCAGCUGCAAUCCAGCCCACCGUCAGUGUGUGCUCAGGCUGGGCCUUGGCUGUGGGACCCAGCACCCAAGCAAGAUCUGGACCCUUCGGCGGAGGGUCAGCCUGGGCUGCAAGAGGUGGGGACAGGCUGGAAGAUGGACGACUGUGGGGACUGAGCCCUCUCCCAGAGUCCCAUGUGGCCCUGCCCUGGCCCCCCAAGCUUCCCCUAGACCUCUUACUCAGGACCGUGGCCCACUCUCCCUCCCCACCUGCCCCACUCCCCAUCUGUAUACCCUCUAGUCCAAGAUUAAAGAGGAGGGUGGACCUCGGCAUGA